UCCAAAAGCCCUAAACCUUUGCCCCCCAUUCCUCCGCUCCACCCCACCCAUGGGCGCCGACCGCCUCCUCCACCUCGUCCGCGCGCCGGCGGCCGCCCCCGCGGGUCCCCUACGCGGCCACCCCCGGCCGCACAGCCGGGUCCGCCUCCCCGCGACGCCCGCCGCCGGGAUGCACCGCGUCGCCGUGUCCUGCUCUGCCUCCGGCUCCGGACCGGCCGACGAGGAAGGCAUGACCUACAAGGGCGCCGGCGUGGACAUCGACGCAGGGACCGAGCUCGUCCGCCGCAUCCGCAGGCUGGCCCCCGGGAUUGGCGGCUUCGGCGGCCUCUACCCCCACGGGGACGAGUACCUUGUGGCUGGUACUGAUGGAGUUGGGACGAAGCUCAAGCUCGCGUUUGAGACCGGUAUUCAUGAUACCAUCGGGAUUGACCUGGUUGCUAUGAGUGUCAAUGACAUUGUAACUUCUGGUGCGAAGCCAUUGUUCUUCCUCGAUUACUAUGCUACGAGCAAGCUCAAUGUUGACCUUGCAGAGAAGGUCAUCAAGGGGAUUGUGGAUGGAUGCCAGCAAUCAGAUUGUAUUCUGCUGGGAGGAGAGACAGCAGAAAUGCCUGAUUUCUACAAGGAAGGUGAAUAUGAUCUGAGUGGUUUUGCUGUGGGUGCCGUAAAGAAGGAUAAGGUCAUUGACGGUAAAAACAUUGUGGAGGGAGAUGUCCUGAUUGGCCUUCCUUCCAGUGGGGUUCAUUCGAACGGGUUCUCUCUUGCUAGGAGAGUACUGGACAAAAGUGGACUCUCCUUGACUGAUCCUCUCCCAAGAAAUGAUGGUGUAACAACUACUGUUGGUGAAGCUCUCAUGGCACCAACUGUCAUCUAUGUCAAGCAGGUACUUGACAUUAUCGGCAAGGGUGGUGUAAAAGGACUAGCCCAUAUUACUGGUGGUGGCUUUACUGAUAAUAUCCCAAGAGUAUUUCCUAAAGGACUUGGGGCGAAAAUUGUCACCGGGUCGUGGCAAGUGCUGCCUGUGUUCGAGUGGCUUCAACAGGUUGGCAAAAUCGAAGAUGCUGAGAUGCUGCGAACGUUCAACAUGGGCGUCGGGAUGGUCCUUGUAGUAAGCAAGGAUGCGGCGGACAGAAUCCUGGAAGAAUCAAGUCCGGCUUACCGCAUCGGAGAGGUGAUCCAGGGUGAGGGGGUUCAGUACGUCUGAGAGCCUACACAAGCAUCUCAAACUUCUAAUGGUUGAGAAUUGUUUAGCUGAUGAUGGGCAAAGCUGCCCAGGUUUUUCCGUAACCCCGCAAUCUAUCUUACGGGGACAAGUAUCGGAGUAAAAGUAGUUUACUCCAGUGAGAUUUGACAAAAAACGGGAAUAAUGUUUCUGGGUUCGUGACCACUCGCUGCAAACAGCUGGUGUUGCUAUCCUGAACGUCACUUCACAGUUGAUGUGAAUGCCUCUGGUGUGCUGAAUUUUCUUGAGAAAUCACAUAUAUAAAUUACAUCU